CUUAUUUGAUGCUGAAAGACGUUUCACUUUGGCUGGCUACCCACUGCAGUUGUUGUUAUGUUCAACAGAGAAAGUGACUGGAAGGGGUUUGGUCAGGAGGGUUAGAGUGGGAGAGAGAGAGAGAGCAUUGCUGUGAAGAGUUUGUUGCUGUCGGUGUGUGCCUGGCCUCUGGGAGGAUGAUAGCCCUAGCUGUAGCAGCAUUAGCAGGAAUCCUGGCUGUAGGCUUUGUGCUGAGCUCCAACUUGCAGUGCCUGGCUGACGAUGUGUGCUUUCUGUUCCGAACCAGCACAUUCGGCCUGAAGUUGCUGAAGGUUUACCUGAGCAGGAGGGUACCCACUGUGCUGGAGCGCUUCAGCCAGCAGGUACAGGCUAAACCACACAAAACCUUCCUGUUGUACCAGGGUGUACCCUUCACCUACCGGCAGGUGGAUAGCCGCAGUAACCGGGUGGCCCAGGUGUUCUUGGAGCAACAGCCGGCUUUGGCAGCGGGGGACACGGUGGCUUUGCUGAUGAGUAACGAGCCUGACUUUGUGUGUGUUUGGUUCGGCUUGUCCAAGCUGGGCUGUGUCGUGGCUUUCCUGAACACCAACCUCCGCACCCGAUCCCUCUUACACUGCCUGCACAGCUCCGGAGCUAACACCCUGGUUGUCGGGGAAG